GAAUUGGGGUAUAUUCUGGGUCACAGAAUGAAGAACCAAGAGCUUCUGCGCGCUUUUGGCAUACCGCGACAAGCGGUGAGAUCUUGGUAUGCAGUACCUCUUGUUGCGCCUGGUUUGCCAGACUUCUUCACUGCAGAGGGUGAGCGCUUAGUUCAAAGCGCUGCCAGCGCGUUGUCUUGCCUUCAGCUUGAAGGCACUGGCAACUACAUGUUGAUUCGGGACGAAUGCGUCUUCUCGCAGUCGUUCUCUCUCUUGUACGGCUUGCUGGAGAACCCGAAGGAUCCAAUAGUUGUGGGAGGUGUCCACCCGCAACACUCCCGACUGCACCCAGAGGCUCUCGAAGACCAGAAGUCAGAAAACUUAGCCCCUGUGUCAGUCUGCACAGUGGUGAAGGCACUCGAUCGCCGCUCGGAUUGCUUCCUCAUUGAGAUGGUGCCCAGGAGGCACAAUGCCAGCGCCAUGGACGAGCUGCAGGCUAUGGGCAGAUUGGUUGAAAGCUGUAUUGAAGGCAACCAUGUCAUCCCACCACUAGCCCUUGCGACCGACAAUCACAAGAGCUUUGCCAUGAUCACCCGAGCAUUGCUUGGAGUCCUACCUCCUUCACAACUGGCCGAA